AUGGGGGAAUGCCCGUUUAUAGCUCCAAAUCAAAAACCACAGCUGAUGGUGGGGCUAAGGAAGAACCACUCAGAAGUCGGUCUGCUCGCGGUGCCCGCGCUGCUGGACGAGGCCUUCGCCCUGUACGUCGCGGACCCCUUCGAUCGCCUCCGCAACCCACAGGGCAUUCUGAAUUUGGGAACAAGCGAGAACAAACUUUGCUUUGAUUUAAUAGAGGAGAGACUCGGAAGACCUGACAUGAAUUAUCUGGAGCCUGAGCUGUUCCGCUAUUCUGACACGCAAGGUACUAAGAGGUUCAGAGAAGAAAUUGCCAAAUUUCUGACUGACUAUGCCAGAGCUGCAGAAGCACUGAAUCCAGACCAUAUCACUGUGAUGAGUGGUUGUUGUGCUGUUUUCGCUACCCUGUCAACUGUAUUAUGUGACCCUGGUGAUGGAUAUCUUAUUCCAACUCCGUGCUAUGGUGGUAUACACUCGAAAACCUGGUUGUAUGGUGGAAUUCAGCCUGUCCAUGUGCCCCUGGCCAGUGAGGUGACAGAUGAAGAAAGUCACCCUUUCCAGUUAACUGUUGAAAAACUAGAAGCUGCACUAGAUAGAGCUAAAAAACAGGGUCGCCGAGUCAGAGCGUUAAUCCUGAUCAACCCCCACAAUCCAUUAGGGGAUAUAUACGCAAAGAUCUUUCUUUUCAAUAUGUUCAUAUGCCUGCAUUUCUCUGUGCAUAGACAUGAACUUCAUGUGAUCAUGGAUGAAAUAUAUAUGCUGUCUGUUUAUGGUGAUGCCACCUUCACCAGUGUCCUUAGCUUAGACUGUGUACCAGACCCAGAACGGAUACAUUUUAUGUGGGGUUUUAGCAAGGAUUUUGGUAUGAGUGGUAUCAGAGUGGGAGUGCUGUAUACCAGGAAUCAUGAGAUUCGGAAAGCUGUGAAUCAGCUGGCUGUCUUCCACGGCUGUCCUGGGCCCGUGCAGCAUGUUCUCAGUCAAUUCAUUAGUGACAGAGAUUGGUUGGACAACGUGUUUUUUCCUACCAACAAAAAGCGACUUAGAGAAGCACAGAAUAUUCUUGUGGAUGGACUUGCAGAUGUUGGAAUACCUGUGCUCAAAAGUUCGGGAGGACUGUACGUGUGGGCAGACUUCAGAAAAUUCUUGAAAUCACAGACAUUUGAAGCUGAACUUGAAUUAUGGCAGAAGCUCCUUGAUGAAAAACUCCUGAUUAGUCCUGGAAAAGCUUUUCAUUGUUAUGAACCUGGAUGGUUUAGAUUUGUUUUUGCUGAUUCUGUAGAUAAGAUUUAUUUGUGUAUUCAGAGACUCAAGCACGUGCUGCACACUGAUGCUGCUGGAUCAGCUGCAAACAGCACAUCUUCUAAUGAAGAUGCUGUGUCCACUCCAGAAGAAGGUUCUUCAUGCAACCCUUCAAAUGCAACAGGAGAUGAUGCCUCCCAGUUAAAAAAUAUACCACUUUAUUAUAAUCAUAUAUGCAUUUAA